AUGAUAAGGGGUCACAUCGUAGAUUCAUUCGAGAUUAUGGUCCAACUAAAACCUGGACAACGACCAGAAGAUGUUCAGGAAGAAAUUAGUGAGGUUGAAAUUGGAGAUGUUGAGUGGAAUAGUCUUGAUGUCAAGAAGGGCAGAUCCGGAAUCUGUAUUGUUGCGUCGGGCAAUGGUUCUCUGAAAUAUCUUAAUAAGGUGGAAAUGCGUUUAUCGAAAAUCCCCGGAGUGGAAAGAGCCAGAUUGACCUCGGGACGCGGUGUGACGAAUGCAAAAGCGAGAUCUGUCAAGGAAAAAUGCAGUAGCGAAAUUAUGUUAGAUGAGAGUGCCGUGAACACUCUGAACCUUUCCAUCGACUACGCCAUGGGUCAGCUGCGCAUGCUGCGCGGUAGUCUCGCCACGGCGAAGGAAGGAAACAUUCGAGGUCGUCUCCACCUCAAGACCAACAACAUUCUGAUGGUCGGCUCUUCCUACUGCGUGAGCGGCCGCAUCCGCUACCACGAGCAGGAUUUCCCGCUGACGGACGCGUCGACGCUGACCUGGUUCGCGUCCCGCGCGGGACAGAUGCCCGUGCAGGUGGCCACAGGCCCCGUGUUCACGCCCGUGGCGGAGGACGCCGGCAAGCGCGUGCGCCUGCUGGUGAACUACAAGGGCUCCUCGGUGGAGUACGACAUGGACUGCGUGAAAGUGUCGCAGGAAAUGGAAGAUGAGAUUAACCUGCUGCUGAAGAAGAAGCGAGCGAUGCGGAAGGAUCUGAUCGGCACUUCGGACCUCCCUCCCGAAGACCAGGCGAGUGGGCGUUCUGGCUUGGGCUGA